ACUCAAAAAUUAAAAUGGCACCAUAGUUCGAGAUGCAAGAAAUCGAGUUCCAGAAAUCAAGCAGAACACACAAUCAGCUAAACGUUCUGUGCCGAGAAGACGAUGUUGAUUUUCUAAUAGUCUCUUCACGAAUUUUCGCGGCCGAAUCGGAGGUUUUCCAGGUUUCAGAAUAUUAUGAACAAUGGGAGCACUUAAGAGAGUUCUAGAGGGAAAUGCCGAUGCGGUUGAGUUUUGCCCCACGCCAGCAUAUUACAAUCUGUUGGCAGCUGCUUCGUAUAUCCUCAUAGAAGGGCCAACUCCGACUCGUGUCGGUGGUCUCUACCUGUUUACUCUUGGUGAUGAUGGCUACAAUCUACAAGAGCUGCAGACAAUCGAAACUUCAGGCAUUUUUGACAUAAAAUGGAGGAAACCAGGCCCGGGCCUUGUGCCCUGUUUAGGUCAGGCAAGUGCGGAUGGAACUUUACGCCUUUACACUCUACUGGAUGAUGAUAAGCCUACGCUUCAAGAAACGGCAAAUCUUGACAUUGACUCUUCAAUGUGUCUCUCUCUCGAUUGGAGUCCCAUGGAGUCGGAGCCUCAGAUUGCCGUCAGUCACUCGAAUGGAACCCUUACGAUAGUAGAUGUGGGACAGUCCGAGCCUCAAGUAUCCAGCUCUGGUCAGGCGCACGAAUUGGAGACAUGGAUCACCUCAUUUGAUUCCUGGCACCCGAAGCUGAUUUACACUGGUGCAGAUGAUUGUCAGUUUUGUGGUUGGGACAUUCGACAAGGCCUUGACAGUGCUGUAUUUCGAAACAAGAAGACGCAUAGUAUGGGUGUUUGUAGUGUUCAGACGAAUCCACAAAUUGAACACUCUUUGAUAACUGGUAGUUAUGAUGAAAACUUGCGGUUGUGGGAUAUGAGAAUGAGUGUCCGCCCAGUUAUGAAAUUGGGAAUGGGAUUAGGAGGUGGUGUCUGGAGGUUGAAAUGGCACCCAUUAGACCAAGGACUUAUUUUAGCUGCAUGUAUGCAUUAUGGAUUUGUACUGGUUCGAGUAGAUGCGGAUGCGAUGGAUGUAGUUGAAGAGUACAAGGAGCAUGAGUCCUUAGCUUAUGGCGCGGAUUGGUAUCAAGGGGCGUGGUCUAAGUCAGGACCUGAGAAGCCGUCGGAGAAUACUGGCAAGGAAUCUCUUAGGAGUUUAGCUGCAACAUGUUCGUUUUAUGAUAAAGCACUCCAUGUAUGGGAACCGUCUGUGGUUGCCUUAAAUACAAGGGUCUGAUCCAGGUUGAGCAAUUUUGUGUUUUGUUGCUGUAAAGUUUUCUACUGUGAAGAUUCAUAAAAUUGGUCACCAAGUUA